AUGGCAGCUCAAUCAUUGCCCUUCGGCAGCAGCCUCCCCUAUGGUGAAUUUCUGGUCAAUGGCCUCAAAAAUGACCCUCCAUUGCUUGAAAACGACCCGACUGUCGGCUACAAACUUAACCACACCAUGUUGAGGAUUCGGGACCCUGAAAAGUCCUUUCAUUUUUACAUAACGCUAAUGGGGAUGCGUACCGUCUUUGCUUUUAAUAUUGGACCUGUCAAUGCUUAUUAUCUGGGCUACCCUAAGACCCCCGAGCACCGGGCAGACUUGAAGAAGUUCGGCCAAGAGACUGUCGAUGUCCUCCGGCAAACCGAAGGACUCAUAGAACUGGUACAUAUAAAAGGGUCGGAGAACCAACCAGACGGAUAUUAUAAAAAUGGGAAUGAGCCACCGGAUCUUGGGUAUGGCCAUUUGGGCUUCACAGUUCCUGAUGUUUCUUCAGCUCUCGAGCGAUUGAAAAUGCAUGGCGUCGAAGUUGUCAAGGAUCUUGGAGAGGAGACCACUCUCGACUCGAUCAAAGUAUCCAAGUGGGAGAAUGACCUGGGCGUAGGCGUCGAAGUUAUGGGAACUGAAACUGAGCUACACCCUACCUUCAAAAGCAUCUUACAGAACAUUGCUUUUAUCAGGGAUCCAAAUGCUGGCAUUUAA